UGUGUAUUGGCCACUGCGGUGCUUCAGAAUGGCGGAGGGGGGCGGCAGGUGCAGUGGAUACGCGAUGCUCAACGGGGACCGCGGGGGAUGGACCGACUAAUCACCCUGCCGCUCAUUCUGUCAGCAUCAGGACCACAGCCAGACAGAUCUGGAUUUAUAAUUAUAUUUUCAGGAAAUAUUAGACUGCAAUAAACUUCACCACUACGAGAUGGAGAUGUAAGGGGCAAUAUAUGGAAAACCUUACCUUUUUAGGCUAAUUUAGUAAAUUGUUAAAUCUGUCUUGAAGACUCGUGUUCCAUAGGGUGCUUGUAAUAUUUGCUGCGAGUGAGGCGAGACACGUCGGGAGUCUGCCAUCAUUGAAAUGCGUAAAAACGACCCUUUAACCAAGUCAGCUAUGCUUCUUAUUUUGACAUAUUAGUGUGUGAAUGCGUUGGGCUGUGGAGACAUUAGUGCGCAAAAUCCCAGGAUGCUUCUAUUGGUGCUUUUGUCGCCGCUGCGUGACGGUGUCUGUCGGUGUGUGUUCAGAGCCCGGAUCGGUUCCAUACCGUCUCACAACACUACGGCAGCCUGCGUGCCUCAAAGCUAAAACAAUAACGGAUAACGGGACACAGCACCGGGGCUGCCACCUUGCGCUCUACCGUCUGGAGAAAGGCAAUAUAACAUAAAGGAGCGGAUUCCCUCACUAUAGAAAAUACGCCAUCUUAUCAAACGGUUUACACCUCCACAAGUCGACAAAUUGGGGUUAUUCGAGCAUAUGGAGAGAGAGAGAGGAUCAAUUAUUAUUUCCUCAAGGCUUCUUCUUCUUCUACUCCAUCCCUGCAGCACAAGACAAGCAAGAAGAAGAAGUGUGGAGGCAGGGAAUGCUGCAAUCUACUGACUGGAAGAUGGACUCUGACCCCUUCGCGAUCACCUGACCUGAUUGGACCAACCUGGAUGUUCGAGGCGCCAACCGACUUCUCUGGCAGGGCAAAACCAGGAACUAUAACAUCUUGAUCCUCUAGAAGGACCUUUUUAAAGUCGCCCCUCUCCCCCCCACGUCCUUCCGGUGGGGGGGAGGGCAUAGCAGUGAGCCUAUCACAGCUCUGGAUUGGUCCAUUUGUUAGCCAGUUAGCCUAUCACAGCUCAAGACUGGUCCCUUUGUUAGCCAGUUAGCCUAUCACAGCUCAGGACUGGUCCUUCAUUAACCAAAGCCUAUCACAUCUCAGGACUGGUUCCUUCGUUAGCCUGUUAGCCUAUCACCUGUGAGAUUACUGAGACCAGGACCAGACCAGCAGCAUGGAGGCUAGACAGGGCCAUGGCCAGGGCAGCCCAGAGAGCCCUAACCGGGCCGUGGAAUACCUCCUGGAGCUCAACAACAUCAUAGAGAGCCAGCAGAAGCUCCUGGAGACCCAGAGGCACCGUAUCGAUGAGCUGGAGGUCCAGUUAGACCGGCUGGCCCAGGAGAAUAAAGACCUACGCUUGGAUCGCCAGCGACCUUUACCCCCUGAACCACCACCCUGCCCCCCGCCACCACCCGCCACCAAAACCAACACGGCCAUACCCUCCGUACCAGUCCGCCCUGUUCAGACCCAGUCUUCUAAUCGUACCAGUACCAACUCUACAGCCAAACCUGCCCCCCCACCCCCGGUGCCUGUACGGGAUCAACACAAACCUCAAACCCCCAAGACCCCACGUCGUACCCCCCACACGCCCCAAACCCCCAAACGUACCCCGGUCACCACCCAGACCCCCCACACGCCCCAAACCCCCAAACGUACCCCGGUCACCACCCAGACCCCCCACACGCCCCAAACCCCCAAACGUACCCCGGUCACCACCCAGACCCCCCACACGCCCCAAACCCCCAAACGUACCCCGGUCACCACCCAGACCCCCCACACGCCCCAAACCCCCCAAACGUACCCCGGUCACCACCCAGACCCCCCACACGCCCCAAACCCCCAAACGUACCCGGUCACCACCCAGACACCCCGCACCCCGCAGACUCCCAAACGUACCCCGGUCACCACCCAGACCCCCCGCACACCGCAGACCCCCAAACGUACCCCGGUCACCACCCAGACCCCCCGCACACCGCAGACCCCCAAACGUACCCCCCCGGACACGCGGCUGACGCGGACCAUCUCGACCGGGACGGGGACCAGCUUCGUGGAGAUGGAGAAGGAGAGACUGGACAGGAUGGAGGAAGAGAGGACAGAGAGACUUCGCAGCUCCACCUUGGGGAACCCCACCGGCCAUCACCACGGCCACAGACAGUCAGACGGACACUCCAACAAAGACAGGUCACCACCUUAUUCCACUUGUUGUGCUACUUCUUCUCGUUCCAAUCCUCCUACCACCACUCCUGUUCCUAGUUCGACUGCUACCUCCUCCCUCCACAGCAGUCUGACAGCUAACAGUCACUCCAGCUCCACCCUCCACCAGUACUGUUGCCCUGCCCGGCUGCUCCUGCCCAAGCCACCUUGCGCCCUCCCCUCAUCCAGGCACUCCGACCAGGCAAGAGAAGAUGAAGACGAUGACAUCGCCCAUCAGUUCUGUUGCCCUGCCUCUGAGUGCAGCAGCCCUUCCUCUAGGUAA